ACACACACACAUUCACUAUACUGUGCUCUUCACAACUCCCGGCUCCUGUGGAAGCAUCACACACUCCUCUUCGUGCGGUCUUUCCUCCACGUGACUUCAUGAUGGCGCUCUGAAAGUGUUGAACUUCUUUCCUCUUGUCUUUGGAGCGAGUUGAGAUGGAGGGGCUUUGACUCGCAGCAGCCCGGGGUGGCAUCAUGGUUCUGGGACAAGCUGUCAACAUGAGUUUGAUGGACAUCUCCAAGAUCUUCUCCCUGCUGCAGCCUAAGGAGGACGAUGAGGACAUCGAGCAGUGUCAGGCCUUGAGCGACGCCGUGAGCAGCGACAACGCGCCGCUGCUCUCUGAGCUUCUGUCUCAGGAGAGCCACCGGAGGUCAAUCAACGCUCGAAGCGGGUGGGGGGUCCCAGUAACCCCCUUGCGCAGAGCUGCCGCUCUGGGACACCUGAGGUGCUUGGAGUUGUUGUUGGAGCACGGUGCAGAGGUCGACAGCCUGGACGUGAAGGCCCAGACGCCUCUGUUCACAGCCGUCAGCGGGAAACAUCUGGACUGCGCGGUGGCCCUGCUGAAGGCCGGAGCCGAUCCCAACGGCAGCCGGCACAACAACUGCACCCCCCUGCUGACGGCGGCCCGCGAGGGCGACGUGGACGCGCUGCGACAGCUGUUGCGCUUUGGAGCCGAGGUGGACGCCAGGCCCAAGGUGCCCGAGUGGGCCUCCAACGCCACGGCCUGCAGGGGGCCCCUCUACAUCGCGGCCGUGUACGGACACCUGGACUGCUUCAAAGUGCUCCUCCUCCACGGGGCCAACCCCGACUACAACUGCACGGACGAGAAGCUGCUGGCCCGGAUGAAGCAGCCCAAGACGGUGCUGGAGGUGUGUCUGCGCUACGGCUGCGGGGUGGAGUACAUCCAGCUGCUCAUGGACUUCGGGGCGGACGUGUACCUGCCCACACUGAUCAUAGACAAGACCACGAAGCAGAACGAAGCUCUGGUUCUGCUGCUCAAAGAGAGAGUUUUUCCCAAAACGCUGAUGUCGCAGACUCGGCUAGCAAUACGAAGAUACCUCCCCUUUGCCAAUAAAGAGCCGGCUAUCAACAAUUUGGAUGUUCCUCUCAUCCUGAGGAACUAUCUGAAGCAUGAAUCCUCUGAACACAUAUGAGGGUCGCUAAAGCAUCAGAACGUAUGGACAGAGACAUUUCUUUAAAAUGUCAUUUCUGAUGGAUGAUUUCUACCGGAUCUCAAAGGUCACUGCGCCUUCCCAGUGAGUGCUAUUCAUUCUUGUUUUUUUUUCUUCUUCUUUUAUAUAUAGAUUGAAAUGUGUGCCUCCAUGAAUUGAGAUUAAAUCCUCAAGAUCUACAGAGCUCACUGAAAUGUCUUGGUCAAACGCAGAGGGACGCCAAAGGGCUCUGUGGUCCUCUCAGUGUAACACCGUGGUUGACCACUAGAGACCACAGUAACGCUCUGCUGAUUGCCCGUGUCCAAAUAUGGUAACGCCUCUAGGCCUGCUCUCCUCUCAGGUAACAUUACACAAUGGAAGACUACACGGGCUGUCUGCAUCCCUCUGUACGUUUCUCAGAUCUUCCAUAGAAAAACGUGGUUUCUCAGCCGUGGACUUGAUAACGGGAAGCGGAGAAGAUCUGCCCAAAGUCUCAUUACUUAUUGAUAACAGCAUAGUUGCUUGCUACAAUUGUAUAAAUGCCUCUCUUGUGAGAUGUGAAACACUUUCUGAUACUUUCGGAUUACUGUCUAACGGCCGCAUGGCCUUGAAUCUUUCCUCCGUGACACAUCCAGGAGUUAAUGCGUCAGCUGUUGGGAAUUGGGACCUGCAAACAGGAAAUAAUGGCACACAACAGGAAACCCAGCACAAUGCUCCCACUCACACAUCGACGCCUCGACACGCAGUUCUGUAGAGG